UAGCAUGUCGUCUCCAUAGCAACCAGUGGAGUUGCUGCAGUGCGUUUGCGUGGUCUCUGAGUGUGCGUGGAUUAUAUUAUUAGAAAAGAGUAAUUCACCUCGCCGUGGUUUUUAAAAAGUCUAGCAGAAUAUCAGGGGUGAAUAAUGUGUUUUGCAUCACUUGUCAAUUGUAGACAAUCAGUUGUUUUCAGUCGAUGAAGGAUGUUAUUUCGAGGCACGCAUAGCCAAUACCACGCUAACUCUAUGGUUAGUAGCGACAACCUAUGUGCCAGCUAGCCAAAGCGUUCAAUUCGCUAACCAGCGCUGAUGAUAACCUGGAAGGGUCUGCAAGGCGGAAUUGUCCCUUAGGCGACUAGGUAACGUUAGUUUGAUUACUCUUCAGAGCACCUUGUAACGCAAUGUAAUUUGCCUGCAUUUUUGGCUGGAUCCCGUUUCCUUGUCAUUUGCUCUGGACUAUUGCUUCAGCUGAGGACAUCAUGCUGAAGAGUUUCAGUCAGUUCAAGAGACUGUAGAAUAGCGUAAAUAAUAGCUAUAAGGAGCUAUAAAACAGACUUGGUCGGAACUAAUAUUCCAUUAGCGCCGAAUUCACCUGAGAAAGUAAGAGCAAAUUGGUCAGCUCGCUCCAGCCAACUCUUCAAGAACAGGAUAUUCCAAGGAUAUUUCAUCAUUGCCACCUUAGAUAUUUAUAAGUAUUCAAGAUCGAAGCAGCUGAAGUCAGUUUGGGGAAUUCCAAGUGUUCUGCAUUGUAGCUUUAAAUUCACAACCAAUCCCCCUUCCUCCCUCUUCAUUGGAAACACGACGAGGUGUUGGGAAUGUUUGGAGGCGCAGGGAACUCUCAGUGCUGCCCAAUGAGUUCUGAAGCAUCAUCGUAGCUAACCUCCAAGAGAGAUUUCGUGGGUGGAUCAGCAUUCUCUCAAAUCAAAGGCAUCACAUCCCUCAUUCACAAGUUGGAGUCAUGAUCACGACAGAGCUUUAACAUUUACGAACACUCUUACUUAAGGGAGAACUACAUAAAACAGAUGUUCGUCAGCAAAAUGACUUUGAACCAGUCCGGUCUGUUUGGACAGAUAGAUGAUCUGCAAGACCUCACGUUCAUCGAAAGACCAAUACGGAGGAGUUUAAAGAGUGCUGAGGAGAUUGACAAGCUGACUGUGGAUGAAGACUUAAAUGACAUUGAGCGAGCAGUUUACCUUCUCAGCUCGGGCCAGGAUGUGCAGCGGGCCAGUGUGAUCGUGAACCUGCCAAUACUGGUGCGGCAGAACCCAGCAGAAACCUUCCGGAGGGUGGUGCCAAAAGUCAGGGAAGUGCUCCAUGUUGCUGGGGUGGAGAUGCAACUCGCCGCAGCGAGUUCCUUUCUGACUAUCCUCCAGGAUGACAUCGUCCUCAUCCAGACUCACACCCACUCCAUCUUACAGAUUGUUCUCCUCAACCUGGACCAUCGGGAGACAGUGGUCAGCAAUGCCUGGUUGGAGACUUUGCUUGCAGCUAUUGACGCGUUACCAAAGGAGACCAUCAGGCAAGAGAUUCUGAGUCCAUUGGUGUCAAAGGCACAGCUGUCUCAAUCGGUGCAGGCCCGCCUCGCCAGCUGUCGGAUUCUGGGGAAGGUAGCGGGCAAAUUUGACUCCUCUGUAGUGAAGAAGGACCUGCUGCCCCUGGUCAGGUCGCUGUGCCAGGAUGUGGAGUAUGAGGUGCGCUCCUGCAUGUGCCGGCAGCUGGAGAACAUCGCCAGGGGAAUAGGGCUGGACCACACCAAAGCCGUGGUUCUACCUGAACUGGUGGAGCUCGCUCGGGACGAGGGAAGCACAGUGCGUCUGGCCGCCUUCGACACGAUCAUCAACCUCCUGGAGAUGUUUGACAGUGCCCUCUCCCCCUCGCCUGUAGAUGACCGGACGCGCGUCAUCUUCCCACUGGUCAAGACCUUCUGCGAGAAGUGCUUCAAGGCCGACGAGGCCGUCCUGGCCUCGCUCUCCUUCCAGUAUGGGAAGCUGUGUCAUGGGCUCUCAGCUUGUUUCACUGAGGAGCAGCACCUGUGGUUCCUGGAGUUCUACAAGAAGCUCUGCUUUCUCGGGCUGCAGCAUGAGAAUGGCCACUGUGAGAGCCAGGCUUACCAACUGGAGCUGGAGAAUAAGUACGCCAUGGUGCGCCGAAACUGCGCCUACAACUUUCCAGCCAUGAUGCUGUUUGCAGACCCAAACCACUUCCUGUCUGAGCUGUACCGCACUUUCUCCAGCCUGUGUAACGACCCCGAGAUCUCAGUGCGGCGGACUGCGGCAGAAGGGUUCCACGAGGUGGUCAAGCUGCUGGGUCCAAAUGUCCACUACGUUCACAAGGAGCUGAUGACUUUACUGCAGGAUGAUUCGUUAGAGGUUCUGGAUUCUCUGCUGAACCACCUGCAGGACACUCUGGAGCUGGCGACCUCAAGAGGAGAGGGAGUCGGGCCUGAAAGCAAGUUGGUGAGCGUCCCUGAUCUGGUGCCAGCGCUGGUGGCCGCGGAGCAGAAGGCCGCGUCGUCUCUGCGGUGGCGUGUCCACGAGAGGCUGCUGCACUGCUACGCUUGCCUGCCCCGCGUCGUCCCCGCCGACCAGAUCUACUUCCGCUUCCUGCAGAGGAUGUUCAGCAUCAUCACCACAAACAAUGUUCUGCCGGUCCAGAAAGAGGCUGCAAGGACGCUGUGUGUGUUUCUUCGCUACAACCGCAAGCAGGAGCAACGACAAGAGAUCCUCACAAAGAUCAUGCAGGAACUGGCCCAGGGCAGAAGCUACUGGAACCGGCUGCGGUAUCUAGACCUGUGUGAGAUCGCUAUGGAGCUAUUUUCAAAGUCCUACUUCUGCAAGCACUUCCUGAUCCAGGCCCUAGAGCUGGUCAGCGACCCUGUGGCCAACGUCAGGUAUAAGCUGUGCCACAUGCUGCCCAGGCUGCGCUCCACCAUCCGGCUGCCCGCAGACAAGCACCUGCUCCAGCAGCUGGAGUUCUGUGUGCGCAAACUGCUGUGCCGGGAGAAGGACAAGGAUGUGGUAGCCACCAUACGCAAGAUAGUGCUAGAGUUGGACAAGAUGGAAAUCACUGAACCGUACCACAAACGACAUGAAAGAGAUCUGCUGGACCAGAAGAAAGAGAAGGAGGAAGCUCUGCUGUUGGAAAUGGAAAUGCUGGAGCGACAGCAGAGCGAAGCCAAACUCGUGGGCGAAAAACACACAGACAAGAAACGAAGAGACAGUAAGACGGGGCUGUCGGGCCCUAAAGGAAUGUCAGGGUCCACGUCAGGAGCGACCCUGUCCACCUCGGCUGGUAAAGAGAUGAGGAAGGCCAAGCUAGCACGGAGUCGCUCCCUCAGUAGUCAUCCCACCACCCCCAAGAUGUCCAACUCUUCAGACAAAACCCUAAAGGUGAAAGAGUCCGGAAGUUGUACUGGCACUGUGAAGAGCUCCAUGCUAGCAGUAAAUGAUGACACAAUGCGGCCUCACCACUACACCGUGGCGUCCUCGUCGUCCUCGCUCUCCCCCACGCCCUCCACCUCCUCCAUGCCCGUCCUCAUCCGCAGCAACACAUCCAGCUCCGUGGAUCACCGUGGAAACGGGGGCAAGGACACACAGUCCAGAAAGCUCUCCAUUCAAAGGAAGUCUAACUCAUUCGGAAUGCAGUCCGGGAGGGAAUGAUUGGUAUUGCCACUGAAGGUGCUGGCAAGAUUUCCGCCUCCCCCCGUCCGUCAGAAGACGAGAGCCUAGUGGCCAAUACUUCCCCCGGUUGGACCUUCAUGUCAUCCUGCGUCACAUCCAUGCCCCCACCCUCCACUCUCAUGGGAUGCUGGAACAAAAAGACUGAGGACACAGACCCAGACGUGAGAGAUGAAGAGAGAGAGAGGGGGAGACGGGGGAACGUCAGAUGUCUUUUAAAGUUUUAUUUUUUUUGCGCGCCAACAAACCAGUUUGACAUUGAUCCAUCUCUGCCUUACUCAACAAAUACUCGUAACAUUUGUUAGAAAAGGAGACGGAAAAAACUAAAGUGGAAAGAAAUGUCACGAAGCAAUUUGUAUGGAGGAGCAAAUGGAUGUAUUUUAUUUAUUGAAUCAUUUGAUUUUUUUCUUGUAUUAUAGCAUGCUUUGCAAAGUCUUUUUCUUCUUUGUUUUAUAUUUCCCAGCCGGGUAAGAAAAAGAA